AUGGGUAGAAGGAGGAGAGGGGAUGAUGAAGAAAAAGAAAAACCCUGCCUCAAGGAGCACCAAAUUGAAGAAAUUGCAGAAAGACAGUCGUCCCGAUCCCGUAAAGGGAUCGAGACUGCGGUCGGUAGACCCCCGGCGCCUUCAGCCCCGGCGCCCUCAGCCCCGGCACCUCCAGCCCAGGUGCCCCCAGCCCCAGCGCCCCCACAGCUUCAGGCACCGGGGCAAUGGGACCGCCUCCGGGACCGGCCCAGGGAACUCGACGCCGCCGAGGGGCCGCAGUGGACCCGCCGGAUAUUUUUCCCCUCCGAUCUUAUGGGGCACCAGAGCAGCCAACCGCUGUUUGCUUUUGAAUGGAAAGAUCCCUCCACAGGAACUACUGGACAAUUGACCUGGACUCGUUUGCCACAAGGAUUUAAGAACUCGCCCACCCUCUUCGACGAGGCUCUACAUCAAGACUUGGCUUUCUACCGAGCUUCUAACCCACAGGUAACUUUGUUACAAUAUGUUGAUGACUUAUUGAUUGCCACCCCUACUCAGAGAACCUGCCAAAAGGCCACUGGAGCCCUUUUGGCUGAGCUUGCCAAACUGGGGUACAGGGUAUCCGCUAAGAAGGCACAGAUCUGCCAACAACAAGUGACUUAUUUGGGAUACUCCCUAAGAAAUGGGAAAAGGUGGCUUACUGAAGCCCGAAAGCAGACUGUGACGCAGAUUCCGGUUCCCACUACUGCACGCCAGGUUCGCGAGUUUCUGGGGACAGCAGGGUUUUGUAGACUAUGGAUACCCGGAUAUGCUUCUUUGGCUGCCCCUCUGUAUCCCCUCACUAAAGGAGCAGCCCCGUUUGUUUGGGGAUCUGAACAACAACAGGCCUUUGAUGAUAUCAAAAAGGCCCUCCUCUCGGCACCCGCUCUGGCAUUGCCAGACAUAACUAAGCCAUUUAUCCUUUUCGUGGAUGAACGGAACGGAGUAGCUCGAGGAGUAUUGACCCAACAAUGAGGACCUUGGAAGAGACCUGUCGCCUAUUUGUCUAAAAAAUUAGACCCCGUGAGUAGUGGAUGGCCCACUUGUUUGAGAGUAGUGGCAGCUGUGGCCCUCUUAGUUAAAGAUUCUGACAAGCUAACGCUGGGACAAAAACUCACUGUGGUUGCUCCUCAUGCGCUGGAAAGCAUAAUUCGACAACCACCCGAAAGAUGGAUGUCAAAUGCCAGAAUGACUCACUAUCAAACCUUACUCCUGAAUCGUGAUCGUGUGGAAUUUGCCCCGCCUGCCAUCCUAAACCCGGCUACUCUGCUCCCCAAUGUGGGAAAAGAAGUGCUUCAUACCUGCCAGGAAAUCCUGGCUGAGGAGACGGGGACCCGUCGGGACUUACGAGAUCAGCCCUUAGAAGGGCCGGGGCUCCUGACCUGGUACACAGACAGGAGCAGUUACAUCAUGGGAGGUAAGAGGAUGGCAGGAGCUGCAGUAGUAGAUGAUGACCGAAUUGUGUGGGCCAGCGGACUCCCAACGGGCACUUCUGCGCAGCGAGCAGAACUCGUCGCCCUGACUCAGGCUUUAAAGAUGGCAGAAGGUAAGAGACUUAAUGUCUAUACUGACAGCCAUUACGCUUUUGCCACUGCUCAUAUACACGGGGCUAUAUAUAGACAGAGAGGGCUGCUGACUUCUGCCGGGAAAGAUGUUAAGAAUAAACAAGAAAUCUUAGAUCUGUUAGAAGCCAUCCAUAGACCUAGAGAAGUAGCAAUAAUACAUUGUCCUGGGCAUCAAAAAAGUGACUCUCCAAUAGCUCAAGGAAAUAGGAGGGCGGACCAAGCCGCAAAACAAGCAGCCCAGGGAACGAACAUCUUACCCCUCCAGGUGUACCCGGAAGCCACAUGUAGUAAGAACUUUCAGUAUACCCCCGAGGAUCUUGCUCGGAUGGACAAGUUGGGGAUCCAAAAAUCCCCACCCCUUGGAAUGUAUAAGUCAGAAGAUGGGAAAAUUAUCCUGCCCCAGAAAAAGGCAGGAGAAUACUUAAGGCAAUUACAUCAGUUGACACAUUUGGGGGCCAAUAAUCUAAAAACCCUGGUUCGAGAUUCCCCUUAUCAUGUCAUCGGUUUGGGAAAAUUGGCAGACGAGGUUGUAAGAAAUUGUGUUCCUUGCCAAUUAGUAAAUGUGAACAAACAUCAAGUAAUAUGCGGAAAGAGGCUUCGAGGAGAUCGGCCAGGAGCCUACUGGGAAGUUGACUUCACUGAAAUUAAGCCUGCUAAGUAUGGAUAUAAAUACCUCCUAGUUUUCCUAGACACCUUUUCAGGAUGGACAGAGGCGUUCCCCACCAAAACUGAGACAGCUCAGAUGGUGUCCAAGAAGAUCCUUGAAGAAAUAUUUCCCAGGUUCGGGAUCCCAAAGGUAAUCGGCUCUGACAACGGUCCUGCCUUUGUUGCCCAGGUAAGUCAGGGAUUGGCCAAGAUCCUGGGGACAGAUUGGAAAUUGCACUGUGCAUAUAGACCCCAGAGCUCAGGACAGGUAGAAAGGAUGAAUAGAACUCUAAAAGAGACCCUGACUAAAUUAUCCAUAGAGACUGGUUUAUGUGAUUGGAUGAUUGUGUCACUGAUGAUUCUGAUGGCCCAGUUACUCCCCACUCUUCAGGACCCCAACCCCCACGAACCUAGACCACUGACAUGGCAGGUCUGUUCCCAAACUGGGGAGACAGUAUGGUCCAUUUCUAAGGUUGCUCCUCUUAAAACCUGGUGGCCAUCCCUGCACCCUGAUGUUUGCGCCUUAGUCGCUGGAAUAGGAGGAUGGGAUAUACCCGAGCUUAGCUGGAAGCAGGCAAACAGGGUCAGACCCACGACUUCGGCGUAUUACGUCGGAGGAAAACAAGCACAGAGCCAGAGUGGCUUUUGGAGCUUUGGGUGCAAAAAUCCGGCCGCACGCCAGCAGAUAAAGACCACUACUUUCUAUGUCUGCCCCCGUGACGGACGGACCUACCAACAAACCCAACAAUGUGGGGACUUGCAAUCUUUUUAUUGUAACUCUUGGGGUUGUGAGACUACGGGUAACGUUUAUUGGAAUCCUGUGUCUGACUGGGACCUCCUUAAAGUAGCCCAGAACCGCACAUCCCCCGACUGUGAAUGGACAGGACUAUGCAUCCCCUUAAAUAUCACAUUCAGUGAUAAGGGACGCCAGUACGAUGGGGGAUCACUGGACGACAGUGGGGACUUAGAUAUUAUAAAUCUGGAUAUGAUAAGGGCCUCGUAUUUACUGUCAGACUCAAAGUUGAGACCCUUCCAGCUGCCCCAAUAG